UUUGUAAUAGGGACAUACUUUCAUUUCAUUAUUUCCAGUUUCCUUUUCAGCUGUUUUCCCCCCUCGUAUAGUUUAAAUGUGUCCAAUGAAUAACCCCUACCCGCUGAUAACUGUUUCAAUAACGGAACAUUAAAAAGGAUGUUUAAUUCUCCCAUCAGCUUUCAUCAUCGUUUUAACAACAAGUACUUAAAGAUCAUUUUCCCGCAGAUCGACUAAAUCACGGAAAUACAACUGGUUACAAUUCGUUCAACUCAUUCAAACCUCUAAAAGAAUCACACACGCCAUAUCAUUUACCUUAAAUGCCACUAAUUGAAACUCAUGUACAUCCGUAACAUUCCACCAAAACCCAAUUCUAAACUACUAAAAUGCAUCUCAGACAUAUUUUCUUCCUUACAGACAAUGCAGACUAACAAAUCUGAAAUGAGAGGCAAUUUUCAUAGCAUACAAGUCAUGCUGGGACUACAACAACAGCAACAGCAGCAGCAACAACAACAACAACAGCAACAGCAGCAACAACAGCAAGCUGGUCACGCCGAUUUAUCUCAAAAUGCUCUAUCCAAUACCUUAUCGUUAAAUUCGGUUCCACUUCCUACUAAUUCUUUAUGCAAUGCACGGUUAACAAAUCCUCAAACAUCAGACUUGAUAGGAAAAGAAGUGACUGAAAAUCCAAAACAAAAUGUGGAAAAAUCACAAAAUAAUAGCAGCACCGAUAAAACUGUAAAGAAAAAGAAAACAAGAACAACAUUUACAGCAUAUCAAUUGGAUGAAUUGGAAAGAGCUUUUCAGAGAGCGCCAUAUCCUGAUGUUUUUGCAAGAGAGGAGCUUGCACUUCGUCUCAAUUUAAGUGAAUCUAGAGUACAAGUUUGGUUUCAAAAUAGACGUGCCAAGUGGAGAAAACGAGAACCACCGAGAAAAACAAAUUAUUUACAAACAGGUACUAGUACGGCUCUUCCUAAACCGUUCACGAAUCCAGCUCCGACAUUGCCACCUAUUAGCAAUAACAACGAUUCUUGGGCUUUUGCUGCAAAUGCAUAUGACUUUGGUUUUCAGACACCACCUUACACUAGCUAUAGCAGUAAUCCUCAUACUACUCUAGCGUCUAAUAAUCCUACAACAGGAUUUUAUAAUAGUAUGAUAUCGCCGCAACCUAUGUCACUCUCCGAUCCUCUUCUUCAAGGAUUGCGUUCAACACCGGAACUUCAACAAAAGAAUAUGUUAAAUUCUCCGAGUCCCACACAAUUUUCUACAUCAGUUAAUGAUAAGAAAGGCAACAUGUUACUGGAACCCGAAUCAUCGGAUCCUCAUCGUUUAACAACUCUUCCACCAUUAUUGUUAAAAACGAAAGAUAAUGCAGUAUCUCCUCUUCCUUCACUCGACUUCUUCACGUAACUUAAAAGGUCAUGUGAUGAUUAUUAUUAACAUUUUCUGACGUAAGAGAGUUUAUUUUAAAUUCCAAGAAGACUUUAAUCAUCUCUUAAAGCUUUCCUUCUUUAACGCGCUUCAUUAAAUUUAGGUUUUUUAACCUUUUACUAUGGAACAAAAUACGUUUGAAAAAAUCAAAGGCCAAAUAUUAAAUACAUUUUCUCUUUAUUUUAUUUUUUUUUCUAGUCAAGUCAAAAAUUUUUGUGCAAUUUUUAUUCAAAGAAGUGCUUCUAGUCUUAUUAGAAAAAUUGCAUUUUAAAACGAAUUUUUUAAAAAAGAUGUUUGUAGAACUUGGCUCUAUAAUAAGCCACUUCUUAUAUUUAGUAUCAUAGAUCAAAUAGAUAAUUAUAUUAUAGUCAUUAUCUAGUCUUAAGUGCCAAGUAUACAAAAUAUAAUCUAUCGAGUGCAACAUCGUGGCUUAUAGUUUUUACUAUUAAAAUAAAAAUCUAAAAAAAGUUUUGAUAUUAAUCUAUAUUUUUCUAUUUUUAUACUUACUCAAAACGACGUUUAAAUAUGAAUGCAAUUCUUCUCUUUGCCUUUUCUAAAUGUACUUGAAAGUUACUGUGUUUCUAGAUGUAAGUUUUGAACGUGUCCAAUUUCAAUGUGUCCAAUUAGUGAUAAAUCUGUAGAUGUUUAUAUUUUAAAUAAAAUAAAUGUAAUAU